AUGCCCACUGGUACACAAGCAGGCAGAGGCAUUGACACACAAUUCAUGAGUUCCACCAUCAUCAAUCUGUUCAAGAUCAACUCUGGGAAGGAUUUUAUGAAGAAGUUCAAGGAUGGUCUUGGACUUGAUUCUGCAAUGCUCGAAAGCCAGAGGACGUGUCUUCACAAUCUAUUCUUGAUCGGUGUGGUCAACAAUCGAAAUUUGCCUCAGUUUCUCAUGGUCUCCAUCAUCAGGUUCAAAUUCAUUGCAUCGAUCAAUUUCAGGGCUGUUCGUGCACCCAAGGACCAUGACAAGUUCAUGAUUUGCCAAGUUCCGUGUUACACUGAAGGCAAGGCAUCACUUCAGCAUAUGAUCAAUUCAUUGGCUGUGCUCAAGUAUGACAAUAAGUGCAAACUGAUCCUCAUCGUGUGCGACAGGAACAUUGUCGGAUCUGGCAAUGAUCACCUGACACCACAUAUCGUGCUUGAUAUUCUGGGUGCUGACCCAAACUUGGACCCUGAACUGCUCAGUUUUGUAUCAAUCAGCAAGGGCGCCCGACAGCAUAAUAUGGCCAAAGUGUACUCAGGUCUGUACAAGUGUGCUGGACAUGUCAUGCCUUACCUUGUGGUUGUCAAGGUUGGGAAGCCAACAGAGCGUGAUUCACAGAUGGCAGUCAUGCAUUUCUUGAACAAGGUGCAUUACAAUAUGCUGAUGAAUCCCCUUGAGCUCGAGAUGUAUCACCAGAUCAAGAACGUCAUUGGCGUCAACCCAACAUUUUAUGAGUAUCUAUUUGCUGUCGAUGCAGAUAUGACUGCAGAGCCAUAUGCACUUAACCGCCUCAUUUCUGCAAUGAUUCAUGACAAGAAAGUCCUUGGCAUGUGCAGUGAAACAUCCCUCACUAAUGCCAAACAGUCGAUUGUGACAAUGAUGCAGGUGUACGAGUACUUCAUCUCCCAUCACAUGGCGAAGGCGUUUGAGAGUCUGUUCAGCUCGCUCACUUGCUUGCCUGGUUGUUUCACCUUGUUCCAUCUGCACAUGCCAGACAUGCACAAUGUCUCCAACCAAAUUACCCAAGAUUAUUCCCAGAACUGUAACUUACUGCUUCUCAGAGAAGAUCAUUAUUUGACAACCCUAUUGCUCAAACACUUUCCUGAUCUCCAGACGAUUAGAAGGUUCUGCUCUCACAAUGUUCAUCAUUGGAUCAACUUGACCAUUCAUAAUCUUGGUGAACUCAUGUUCCUGGAUCAGCUUUGUGGUUUCUGUUGCUUCUCCAUGCGUUUCAUUGUCAUGAUGGAUCUCAUAUCAAUGCUGAUUCAGUCUGUCACUGUCGCAUAUAUCGUCUACUUGAUUGUGUUGGUCAUUUACGAGCACAGUACCAUCCCCUUCAUCUUCCUUGUCAUGAUUGCUGCUGUGUAUGGCUUGCAAGCCUUUGUGUUCAUUCUGCAUCACAAGUGGGACAUGGUUGGAUGGAUGGAUUUCUAUAUCUUGGCCAUCCCGAUUUUCUCAUUCAUGCUUCCAAUCUACUCAUUUUGGCAUAUGGACAAUUUCUCAUGGGGUGCCAUGUGUGUUGUACUGGGAGAAUCUGGAAAGAAGAUCAUCGUUCACGUAGGUGGCUUAAUCUUGAAUGCAUUAUGUUGCUGA